AUGAGCAGCGAGGAUACCGACGCGGUGACUGGGGCAUCUUCGGACCCAGGUAGGGAGGCGGUGGCGGCCAGUUACCAGCGCUUCGAGCCUCGCUCCUAUCUCCGAAACAAUUAUGGACCCCCUCGAGGGGACUUGCGCCAACCAGGCGGUGUGGGACCCUGGAAACUGCGAUGUCUAGCCGAAACCUUCGCCACAGGAGAGGUGACUGGCCAUAGCCUCAUUGAUAUUGGCUCUGGCCCCACUGUGUACCAGCUGCUCAGUGCUUGUGCCCACUUUGAGGACAUCACUAUGACUGACUUCUUGGAGGUGAAUCGCCAGGAGCUGGGGGUCUGGCUUCGACAGGACCCUGGUGCCUUUGACUGGAGCCUCUACAGCCAACAUGUCUGCCUCAUCGAGGGCAAAGGAGAGUCCUGGCAGGAGAAGGAGUGCCAGCUUCGUUCCAAAGUGAAGAGGAUCCUGCCCAUUGAUGUGCACCAGCCUCAGCCACUGGGUCCUGGGAGCCUUGCACCUUUGCCCACUGAUGCCCUGGUCUCAGCCUUCUGCUUGGAAGCAGUAAGCCCUGACUAUGCCAGCUUCCAGAGGGCUCUGGAUCACAUCACGACCCUGCUGAGACCCAGUGGGCACCUCCUGCUCAUAGGAGCCCUGGAGGAGUCCUGGUACCUGGCAGGGGAGGCCAAGCUGUCUGUGGUGCCCAUUCAGGAGGGGGAGGUGAAAGAAGCUUUGAGUCGAAGUGGGUACCAGGUUCGAGAUUUCCGAACAUAUACCAUGCCUGCAUACCUGCAGACGGGCGUGGAUGAUGUCAAAGGCGUUUUCUUUGUGUGGGCACAGAAGAUAGUGGCAUGA